AUGCGUCCUAUAAUGAUGAUGACAAGGGGCUUGCUGUUGUUCCUGUGCCUACAAUCAGCUUUUGCCACGACCACUCCAGCUGUUCCCACAACAACCUCCAUCUCUGUGGUGUUCCUGUGUGGGGGCACACCUUGCCCAGCAGGCCAGGACUGUCUCAGUGUUAAUGGAGCUCUUCGCUGUGCUGACCCCUGUGAGCAGUACUUAGUCCUGGACGAUGCCUGGCGCUCAACAGGAUACGGGCGUUCCAAUAAGUGUGAUAAUGGGUUUAGUGGGCAGGGAUGGUAUCGUAUGUUCCUGGAUGGGAACAGCACCCAGAUGUCAGACACGUGUGUGGAUGUAAAUAGGUGUGGGACCCAGUUUCCUCUGUGGCUCAGUUCCCCUCACCCCCUGCUGGGAGACGGGGUGGUGGAAGGUGAUGUCUGUGGACACAGGAAAUACAGCUACUGGAACGGUCAGAGAAGUACUUGGUAUGACAACUGCUGCUACCACAGACACAAUAUCCACGUGAAAGCCUGUCCCGACAACUACUACGUCUACAAGUUUGUCCGACCAAAUGUUUGUUACUCGGCUUAUUGUGCAGCUGUUCCCACGACAACUCCAGCUGUUCCCACGACAACUCCAGCUGUUCCCACAACAAACUCUAGCUCUGUGAGGUUUUGGUGUGGGGCCACACCUUGCCCAGCAGGCCAGGACUGUCUCAGUGUCAACGGAGCUCUUCGCUGUGCUGACCCCUGUGAGCAGUACUCAGUCCUGGACAAUGCCUGGCGCUCAACAGGUUACGGCCGUUCCAAUAAGUGUGAUCGGUUUAGUGGGCAGGGAUGGUAUCGUAUGUUCCUGGAUGGGAACAGCACCCAGAUACCAGAGACGUGUGUGGAGGCAAACAGGUGUGGAACCAGGUAUCCUCUGUGGCUCAGUUCCCCUCACCCCCUGCUGGGAGACGGGCUGGUGGAACGUGAUGUCUGUGGACACAGGAAAUACUACAGCUAUGGGAGUGGGUGGAUGGACACCUGCUGCUACUACAGACAGAAUAUCCAUGUGAAAUCCUGUCCUGGCAACUACUACGUCUACAAGUUGGUCCGGCUGACUAAUUGUUACUCUGCUUAUUGUGCAGGUAUGUAG